CAAAUCAGAGUGUCAUUGCUGCAGUUUCUGGAACCUCGACUGUCUGUCUGUCAGCUGAUCUGUCAGAGACUCAGAAGCUGUCAGAGACAAGAUGAGGCUACUGCCGGUUGUCGUUACAGUGUCACUAACAGUGGCCAUUGCGUAUUAUGUUUACAUCCCGCUGCCCGAUGGCAUCCAGGAGCCGUGGAAGUUGAUGCUGCUGGAUGCUGGAUUCCGUACAACGCUGCACCUGGCUACUCUGAAAGAUUGGCUGGGCUGUGACCAUUAUAUCACGUCAAUCAGACAAUCCACAGAGGGCUUCGAGGGUGUCAUGAAGGGGUUUUUCAGCUCUGAGUCUAGCGGAGGGGUUAUGCCCGGAGUGAAAGUAAGCGACAUAACUUUUGCUGGCGUCCCAGUGCGUGUUUACGAGCCUCCGGCUGGAGGAGAGGGCCAUCUGAGAAGAGGGGUGAUGUUCUUCCAUGGAGGGGGCUGGGCCCUCGGCAGUACCAAGAAAGGGACAUAUGAUACCAUCAACCGGAUGGUGUCAGACGAGCUCAACACAGUUGUCGUCUCUGUUGAGUACCGUCUGUAUCCUGAGGUGCACUUUCCAGAGCCGUAUUUAGACUGCCUCGCUGCUGCCAAGCACUUCCUAUCACCAGAGGUUCUGGCCAGGUAUGCCAUCGACCCAGAGCGCGUGGCCGUGUCAGGUGACAGCGCAGGAGGAAACCUGGCUGCAGCAGUUGCUCAGGAGAUUUCCAUCGAUGAAAGUAUGAGUGUGAAAUUCAGCGUCCAGGCUUUGAUCUAUCCAGUGCUCCAGGCUCUGGACUUCAACACGCCUUCCUAUUUGCAGAACCAAAACAUACCCAUCCUCCACCGGCCCCUCAUGGUCCAGUUUUGGCUGCAAUACCUUGCUGCUGACCUCUCCCUGCAGUCCCAGUUUCUGGUGAACAACCACAGCUCCUUACACCAGUCGGCCAUCACCCCAGAGCUGAGGGCACGGUUAGAUUGGUCUGUCCUCCUGCUCCCGAAAUACAAGAAGAACAACAACAAGCCUCUCAUCGUGGAAAAGGGGUCACGGGGGUUCGUGAAGGAGGUGCCGGGGCUGCUGGAUGUGCGGGCGGCGCCACUGCUGGCAGAGUCAGAGGUUUUGGCUAAAGGCCCGCGGGCGUACAUCCUGACGUGCGAGUAUGACGUAUUGAGGGAUGAUGGUCUGAUGUAUGCACGACGCUUACAGGACGCAGGUGUGACAGUCACCAGCGAUCACUAUGAGAACGGGUUCCACGGGUGUUUCAGCUUUAUACAGUGGCCACUGGAAUUUGACGUGGGGAAGCGGGCACUCAGGAGUUACAUCAACUGGCUGCAGAACAACUUGUAGGAAUGUCUGUGUGUGUGUGUGUGUGUGUGUUUGUGUGUGUGUGUGUGUGUGAAUGUGUGUGUGUGUGUGUGUGCCUCUGAUACAAAUGCACUAUCUCUUGCUUUGUGAAUCAUCGACUUGCUAAGGGCUUGUACAUCUGCUCUGUACAUAAACAUAUAAGAUCUAAGCUCAGGGCUCUCAUGUUCCUGUAGAUACAUCAAUUCCUAAUGGAAACGUGUGAAGUUUACAUGAUUAUUAGAAGUAUCUCUACAUUUUAUUAGCAGUUAUAUUUCUGCUGGCAGUGGAGGGAGAAGGGCAAAUACUGUAUGUUAACAUUAACAUAGCUAUCACUGUGAUCCGCUUACAAAAAUACUUGACGCAAGUUUAACAUUGCUUGCUUUGGGAGGCAUCACAUCUACCGAUUCCUCUCCACACCACAAACACACAAGUAUACUGUAUGUCACAAGGAUUGUAAUUGGUUUUAUACGUAACUUUUAGAAUAAAAGUAUUCUAAGUUAUAAACUUAUGAACUCAUUAAAUAGUUUGCAGCACAAUUAUUUAUAGACUCAACUAGUCAUGUUUUUUCCAGAACACCCCACAAAUAAACAACGCCUUACCAGUGUCAAAGUAUUUAAUUUACUUAACUUAAAACUUAAGUAAAUCAAAUUAAGUAAAAUUAGUUGCGAUGCAGUGGAGGCAAUUUCAGCAGUUUUAAGAAUGUAAAAUAUUUCAUUACUCUUGUAAGGAAGAACAGUGUUUGUGCUACUUUUUUCUUUUGGGUACUCAGGCUAGAUGUGUGCUUGUGUGUUUGUAAUAAAUGAUGUAAUGGAUGCCAUAGAUUUAAUCUGAGGAGCGCCAAUCAAGCAAUCAAAGCUAUUUUUUGUGUAAAAAAACAGUCAAAAUAUUAAAUAUUAUAAAUAUUAUACCAAAAAAAGAAGAAAUCACGGCAUACUGCUACGUUGAGAUACAAACAAACUGAUUCCUGUUCUUGUAGACAGUAUUUAACUUUUUUUGUGUUUCACGAGUCAUUCAGUUGUAGUGAAACAUGUUUUCCGUCACAAAUGAUGCUGCCACCUGACAAUUAGUAACAAAGUACAAUAUUUCCUUAAGGUUCGUUCCAUUUAUUAUUCCCAUUGUUGGUACAUUUAAUAUAAAUGAUUAUGCCCUUUUUUCAGAUGUCUACAUAUAUAUAGAAAGUGUAAUUAAUCAUCUGCAGAGGAUCAAAUGAUUUCGCCUUCAGUUCUUUUUGAACUGUGUCUCUGUGCUGCCACAUGUUGUGAUUUAUAAAGGAACAAAUGAAGGA